CCCAAUCCCAUCCAAUAUAACAUACUUUGUAUCUUGUGUGUUCCUCCCGUUCAUUGAUACUUGCCAUUGUUAUUGCCAUUGCCACCAUCCGGAUCCCGCCCAAGCAAAAUUACUACUCAAGUAAUAUCAAAGAAGAGCUCGAGUCAGUGGGGUUCCCUGUCCGCAUCUGAGUCUGGGUGUCAGUGUCGAGCCAGUGGAGACCAGGAACUCGUCCAGGCAGGAGCCAUCCUGGAACCUCCCCAGUAUUCAGCCUUGAGAGCACUGUCAUAGGACAAAAAAGCAGAAGCAGAAGCAGAAGCACAAACACCUAGGCACUGCACUCUGCCUGCUCCUCCACCACGCGAUCACAGCCAGCCAUAUUCACACCCAACACGCCUCUGUACCAUACGCUCCAUACCCCCAGCCCACUCGCUCUCCUUUCAACCUUUCAACCUUUCCACCCCCUCUCCUCUCCCACCAGUCAACCGAUCGUCCGCAGAGUCGCCUCAUCAUCACAAUCCCGCCAGCUUCCCAACAAGCUUUUUGGAUGUGGUCCGAUGUGUGUUGUUGGUUGGCACAUGCUGAUUUAAGUACGGCGGUACCUAGCGAAAAUCUCUGGGGCACUAAUACUAAUAAAUACUAAGCCAUCUUGACCUGAUCGCGUCACUUCUUGAGCCCAUCUUCAAACCCUCAUCCACCCCCUCAACAGCUCAAGCUGUCCAGACAACACCACAAGGACUGCCGCAGCUGCUCUCACACCACCAUCAUACUUCUCAACGCUUCGGCGGGAUUCAAAGCGCCUCUUCUACAGUAUUCUCGAGCUUGCGCCGCCUCCCGCAGUACUUACUCCUCGGAUGAACAUCAAAACUACCCAUUCACCUCCCACCCGCGAACCAUCUUGAUCGCCACAAAUUGACCCGAGAUCCCCUCAACACAACUCAACUCGAAGCUUGAAGCAAGUUCAAGUCCUUCAAAAUGACGGGCCCUGAGAGCGACUUGCUUAAGCAAGCUACACAGGCAAUGAUGGCAAGGUACGCAGGCGAACACCCCAUAUUUCUUUUAAGGUUCUGGCAGGCCAAAGAGGUGAGGAGAUCUCCUGGCAUCUGUGGUUGCAUCUAGCGAUGCUGCAGUACACAAUACUGCCCAGAUCGGACGCUCUGGAGAUGUGUGCUUUGUUGCUCUUCACGCGGGUGUUUUUUUCCUCCAUAGCGAUGUUCACUUGCACAUGCUUCAAGGUCAAACAAAGUUGACAGUGUCGGGCCUGCUCAUACGCGGUAAUCGGAGACUCCUACCGGCGCACCACCUCCAUCCCACCUCAGAAAAGAGUGCAAUCUGCCUAACGUCAUCUUGAGCAGAGUACGCCGCAAAAUGCGAUGGAAUCAUGAACUGAGCCAUUCUAUCAUUGCUGGCGGCGUGGGGUCGUCCAUUUCCCCGAAAAUCAUGCCUCACCCGUUACACCCCGCACGAUCCACCCACGGUUGUGGGCUUUCAAAUAUUCGGCAUGGUUUUGGCUAACCUCUUGCGCAGACCAGACAGAGCAGCAGAGAGAGACGAUGACGGCAACGACCAUAUUGAUUCCGACACUCCCCGCUCCGGUAUCGCAACUCCACAGCCCGAUCCAUCAGACAAGAGAUUGCCUGGAAUUAUGCACAGUUACUUUGGACAGGUUGGUGCAGGUUCUUUUAAAUGUCCCAGUUCUGCCAUUGAAACUAUAUAUUCUCCUCUCAUUGGCAGCAUCAAGUCCCAAGCACCUGUGUCCACCCUACCCGAGCCGAAAAACAUGGGUUCCACAGAGCCAUGCUUGUCCGUUGUUCCAGACUCAUCUUCCAUGAGUGUGGGUGCACAAGACAGCAAAGCUAGUAAAGCUGGGAGAAUUCCCCCUCUCUCUUCCAAUGACGGGCUGGAAUUUUCCCAUGUGUCUAAACAAGCAGAAAAGAAUGUCUCUUUCCAUUCGUACCCGACACCUCCUGUUUCCAAAUCUCCUUCUUUACACAAGUUGAAGUUGAGCGAGCCUAGCCUGGAGGAUAAGACUAGGUGGGCGAGAAGAUCCAGCCUUUCAUUCUCUGCGCACAAAAAGAGCACAUCGGAUUCAAUCCCAUCAAAUGCUCGUCGAGCCUCAUUAUUACCACUUUCCAGCAUUGUCACAACUUCCAAUGUUCUAGCUACACAUUUCUCGAGCCCUAGCGAUCACUGCCCUGCUUCAGCACCCAGCACUCCUGUACACUCUCGUUUAACUUCACAUCUUAAAGAAUCACCAUCAUAUGACCGGCUCAAAAAGCUAACUGAUGAAUCUUCAAACGAAAAGAGCGUUCCACCAACCCCGACACGUGCUUUGUCAAACAAUACGGCCAAGUCCGAUGCCAGUGGUGGUUCUGACUCGGCGGCAAAGGAAUCCAAGGGGCAAAACGGGAACGGUGUUAAAGCAACAGCAACAGAAGAAGUACUAUCCGUGCCAGCUGUUCCCUCUACAGCUGGAGCAACGGCAGUACCUGCACCACAGGCCAAGGGUAAACUGACAGUGAAGAUCACGGAGGCGCGAGGUUUGCGAAAGUGCAGAGAGCCUUAUGUUGUUGCUGUGUUCCAAAGAAACGAGCUAGUGUCGAAGGGACCUCUUCCUGAAGCUCACGAUGAAAACGCAGUUGCUAUCAGUAGCCCAUUGGGCGGUAUCCCAAUUACACGCACCGGAAGCGAUUCAGGUCGUCCAAUGGCGAUUCCCAUGAAAAGUCGACAAAGCAGUAACACCAGUCUCUCGGACCACCGUGAUUUCAAGAAGAAAGGUCGCAAGUCUUUCACGAACCCAAAGUGGGACACUGAGGCAAUUUUGUAAGUGGUAUCCUACCUUUAUGGCAUUCAACUUGCUAACAUUGAUCAGUGACGUUGUAGGCCCUGAUACUCGCAUCAACCUGACUAUCUAUGAUCAAAGUAGUGCAGCCGAGGAAUUUUUGGGCCAUGUUGACCUCGACGCCAAUUUCUCCGAGAAGAACGAUGCCCCUCUAAUUGGAUGGUUUCCACUUCGUGGCAAGAACGAUACCGAGACGGGUCUGUUUGGCGAGAUUUUCGUCGAGAUCACGUUUCAACGAACUGAAAAACGGCACUACGGACCUGAAGAUUUUCAAAUACUAAAGCUCAUUGGAAAGGGAACGUUUGGCCAAGUAUACCAAGUUCGAAAGAAGGACACGAAACGUAUAUACGCCAUGAAAGUUCUUCAAAAGAAGGUGAUUGUCCAGAAGAAAGAAGUUGCUCAUACAGUCGGAGAACGUAAUAUUCUAGUCCGAACCGCUAUGGCCGACUCACCUUUCAUCGUUGGCCUCAAGUUUUCCUUUCAGACGCCAACCGACUUAUAUCUUGUCACAGAUUUCAUGUCAGGUGGUGAACUCUUCUGGCAUCUGCAGAAAGAGGGUCGUUUCGACGAGAAGCGCGCAAAAUUCUAUAUCGCCGAACUUAUCUUGGCACUUCAACAUCUCCACAUGCAUGACAUUGUCUAUAGAGAUUUGAAACCAGAGAAUAUAUUAUUGGACGCCAACGGCCAUAUUGCCUUGUGCGAUUUCGGUUUAUCCAAAGCUAAUUUGACAAAGAACGCUACCACUAACACAUUCUGUGGCACAACCGAAUACCUUGCUCCCGAGGUUCUUUUGGACGAAGCUGGAUACACAAAGAUGGUUGAUUUCUGGUCUCUGGGGGUUUUGGUCUUUGAGAUGUGCUGCGGCUGGAGUCCUUUCUACGCCGAAGACACUCAACAGAUGUAUAAGAACAUUGCAUUCGGAAAGGUCCGAUUCCCGCGGGAUACAUUGACAACAGAUGGUCGCAAUUUUGUCAAGGGUCUGCUUAAUCGAAAUCCAAAGCAUCGGCUGGGUGCUCAGGACGACGCAGAGGAAUUAAAGCGGCAUGCGUUCUUUAAUGAUAUCAACUGGGAGUCACUCACCAAGAAGUUGAUUACACCUCCCUUCAAGCCAAAGUUGAAGUCUGAGACGGACACCCAAAACUUCGAUCCCGAGUUCACGAACGCUCUGAUGGGAGCAUCAUCGCUCAAUGCACGUGCGGCAGCCUUAGCAGCAGGAAUCGAAACCUCAACACCUCUCUCGCCAGGCAUGCAGGCCAAUUUCAAAGGUUUCACUUUUGUUGAUGAAAGCUCUUUGAACGAACACAUGCAAGGAAGAGGUAGUAAAGAUGAUUACGAUUAUAUGGACGAAGAUGAGAAGAGAGAACCCGAUUGGGAUGAGUCCCACGGCAAGAAGCGAAGCGAAUCUGGUGACCAGAUGAGCGGCAUUCAGAAAACCAACACAAACGAAGACAGCACUAUGUUUAAUGGGGGGCAUUUCGACAUGUAAAUUGAUUGUGAAGCAACAGCAUUCUUUUGAGUUUUCAUACACGAGUUCCCUUUUUAUUUACAUAUGCUCGCAUAGGGCCGGAGUCGUUUUGCACUUGCAUCUGGGUGGAGUCUGGGUAAUUUGAGGAGAAGAGAGCACAGAUUGGCUAUCGAAUUUCGAGAACGAAGCGACACAAACUGCAUUGGCUUACAGGGUCCUUUCUUUCUUUUAUGUUUGGUUUUCCAAAUGGCGAUGAAUCGGCGAUGGAUGAGGUAGUCUUGUUCCCUACAUCUGUCAAUAUCCAGC